AUGGGGCUGAACGAGGAGAAAACCACCCAGCUUGAACCUUCCACCUCAGGAGAGGGCGGUAGUAUUCAUGUCGGGGAGAACAUGGGGACCCUGCAUCGCCGGCUCGGUAACCGUCAAAUCCAGCUCAUCGCCGCCGGUGGCUCGAUCGGCACGGCCCUGUUUAUUAGCAUUGGCGGCGGUCUCGCGAAGGGUGGCCCUGGCAGCCUGUUUAUUGCCUACACACUUUAUUCUUGCAUCCUUGGACUGGUGAAUAACUCGAUCGCUGAAAUGAAUACGUAUAUGCCGGUGUCCGGAGGCUUUAUCCGUCUUGCGGGCUACUGGGUGGAUGAUGCUCUUGGAUUCCUUGCCGGCUGGAAUUUCUUCUUCUAUGAAGCUUUCCUGAUUCCAUUUGAGAUCACGGCACUCAGUAUGGUCAUGUCCUUCUGGAAUCCCACUGUGACGGAACCUGGCCCCACGGCAGGAAUCUGUGCCGCUGUUAUUAUUUGCUACGCCUCUCUGAACAUCCUUGCGGUCAAAUUCUACGGAGAGGCAGAAUUCUGGCUCUCCGGAGGCAAGCUGAUUCUGAUUUUUAUCCUCUUCGCCUUUACCUUUGUGACAAUGGUCGGCGGUAAUCCCCAGCACGACGUCUAUGGGUUUCGCUACUGGAAUAACCCUGGUCCAUUCGCUGAGUUUCAUACCAAGGGCGAUCUGGGUCGGUUUGAAGGGUUUCUUGCCGCUCUCUGGAGCGCGAGCUUCUGUGUUGUCGGUCCUGAGUACAUCUCUAUGGUGUCCGCCGAGGCUCAGCGCCCAAGCGUUUACAUCAAAUCGGCCUUUAAGACCGUUUAUUAUCGAUUUUGUAUCUUCUUUGUUAUCGGUUCACUCGCUGUGGGAAUUGUGGUCGCCUACAAUGACCCGGCUCUUGUCAAUAUCUACUUUGGUGAUGGUGACAGCAGCACAGCAGCAGCGUCGCCGUACGUGAUUGCCAUGGAAAACCUGGGCAUCAGUGUGCUUCCGCACAUCGUCAACGCGUUGAUCUUCACCUCCAUCUUUUCUGCCGGCAAUACGUAUACCUAUUGCGCCACGCGAUCCCUGUACAGUUUGGCUGUGGAGGGCCGCGCUCCUCGUUUCUUACGCUACUGCAACAAAUCCGGCGUGCCGAUUUAUUGUUUCUGUGUCGUGAUGCUUUUCCCCUUCCUCUCCUUCCUCCAGGUCGGGAGUGGCUCCGCGCAGGCCAUUACCUGGUUCGUCAAUCUCGUCACCGGUGGUGGCCUGAUCAAUUAUUUCAUUAUGUCCGUCACCUUCAUCAACUACUACUGGGCCUGCAAGGCCCAAGGCGUUGACCGCACGAAGAUGCCCUACUGUGGCUGGUUCCAGCCCUAUGGUGCCUACCUCGCCGUAACGGUUCACACUCUCGUGAUCAUUUUUUACGGAUAUAGCUCCUUCACCCCAUGGAGCGUGUCCAACUUCUUCUCCAACUACACGAUGCAGCUGGUAGCGCCCUGCCUGUUUAUCUUCUGGAAGGUCGUCAAGAAGACUCGUUAUGUCCGACCCCACGAGGUAGACCUCGUCUGGGAGCGACCGGAAAUCGACGCCUAUGAGAAUAGCAUAACUACCCCACCAGUGGGCUUCUGGUCCGAGAUGAUCGGCUUAGUUGGUAUUGGACGGAAAAAGAACAGAGUUGACCCCGAGCGCGACUACUAA